UCGAAGUCUCGAUAGAGUCUAGGUUGGAGUGAUUGAAAAUGUAUUAGGAAAAUUUAAUUAUCCUGUUUAUGUCCAUCUUUCGAGCUACAAAAAUGCGUCGUACCUCGUGUCUGUGGGCGUGCUUUGCCUAUUUGAUAUACACCAUCUCAGCUAUUGAGGAUUUCAAUUUCACGGACGCUGAUACAUACUUGUCGGUGGUUAACAAGAAUGGUAAAGAGGUGUACGUGACAAGAAACCUUAUGUAUAAGCUCAACGAGGAAGAUGGAACAUGGCAUUGGACGCCCUGGCUUCGGACAAGGACAGCUCUUCAAGAUAAUGUGCUAACGGAGCUGGCCUGUCCUGAAGGAAACUCUAUUGAUAGUUUCCCGGACGGGAUAUUUGAUGAUGAGCAGCUUAGACAGGGUGGUUUCAUUCUGUACGUUUUGUUUGGAGUCUAUGCUUUCACGCUAUUGGCAAUAGUAUGCAAUGACUACUUCAUUCCGUGUGUCGAACUGAUAUGUGAAGAUUUAAAAAUACCGCAGAAUGUUGCGGCAGCUACCUUCAUGUCAGUCGCGACCUCUUGUCCAGAGUUUUUCGUGAAUGUGAUAUCAACAUUUAUCACGGAAUCUGAUAUGGGUAUUGGUACUAUCGUGGGUUCCGCCAUAUUCAAUAUCUUGGGAGUAGCAGCGAUAGGCGGGCUAGCAGCUAUACGACCAAUCAAAAUUGAAGUACGACCUGUUACCAGAGAUGCCUUGAUAUAUAUGAUGAAUGUUGGGGUAUUAGUGGGUAUUGUAUGGGAUGGCCAAGUCGACUGGUACGAAGCUCUGAUCCUGGGGAUUCUGUAUAUACUCUACUUCUUUAUCAUGUUCAAUAGCAUGAGAUUGUUUGCUUUAUAUGACAGGAUCGUGGCACGUUGCAUUAAGCCAAAAAGUGAAGAUAUAGUUUCAGCGAAUGGUAAACCUAUAGAAGAGGGCAUUGAGAACAAGGGUCAUAAUGUAGAGACACCUUCAAAUGACACUUGUACAAAAACUACGGGGGAGAUAGAAGAUGUUCUGAAACCAAAGAAAAGCAUAUUCCGUUUCCCAAAAGAAAACAGCCUCCUUUUUAGAAUCUGGUGGGUUUACACAUGGCCACUUCGAAUAGUGUUGGGUUUCACAAUACCGUCACCGGUUACUUACAGAAGAUUUUAUCCUGUUGCAUUUAUCAUGUGUAUAAUUUGGAUUGGCGCCAAUUCUUAUUUAGUGUCAUGGAGCAUGACUGUUAUUGGUCACACCUUCUUCAUCCGUGAAUCAGUUAUGGGAAUGACUUUCCUAGCGUUUGGAGGGUGUUUACCUGAAGCCUGCUCAAUAUUUAUCAUGUCAAGACGAGGUGAAGGUGGAAUUGGUGUAUCAAAUGCGUUAGGUGCAAAUUCCUUGGCAAUUUUAUUUGCUCUCGGCGUCCCGUGGCUGAUCAAAACUUUAACAUAUCUCGGACAAGGUGCAGAAGUCACAGCAGUUUUCAUCAACUCAUCUGGAAUCGAUUUCGUCGUAGGUUCAUUAUUGUUAGCAGUAGUUUGUUUAUACUUAACUCUAGUUAUUGGCAGGUUUUAUUUAAGAAGAACAGUUGGCGCCGCUUUGCUUGUUUUAUACGUAUGUUUCAUCACAUUUGCCAUUCUUGUAGAGACUGGGGUCAUUUUGCACAUGUAUAUUGCUACUUGUUGAAAUCCCAAAUUUGUUACUGUGAUUUUAUAUGGAUUAAAAAGAAAUAUGGUUGACAAAAGUUAGUUGUGGAACAUAACUGAAUGUGCCAAUAGCGAAUACGUAUUCUGUAAUGCAUCAGUAACAACAAGGCGAGAAAUGAGGACUUAUUUUAAUUAAAGUGUUAAAUUAUUGUUUCUAAAAGUAUUUAAAUACAAUAUACGUACAUAAAAAAGUCCAACUUUGAAUUAAUUUAUUGUUAUGUACCUAUUUAUGUAAUGUUACAUUUUUGAUAAAUAUUGUUUAGAAAUAAAUAAAUAAAUAAAUUAUUAAAGAUAAUAAUUACAUGUCUGUGAUGCUCUAUUGUAUUCAUAAAUAUAAGUAGUUAUAAUUUAGUCUUAUACGAUGUUGCGACACAGGGAGAGCGGCUUUUGUUUGUAAUAAAUUAAAGUUGUGAAAAUUAAAUUGUUUACGUUUCUCUGUGAUAAAUUUGAAGGCAAUAUCUUGUAAAUAGUACUUUUUAUACUCGUAGUUAUAUUAAUAUUAUUUAAAUGUAAGUCGAUAUUAUGAAAACGUAAUAAAUUAUAAUUAUUAGUUUAAGAUCUGAGUUGUUUGUGAUUACAUCUGAUGUAUGUAAUGUAUUCAGUACGGCAUUGGGUAGGUGAUAUUGGCGUUUUAUUUGAAACGUAAAUAUAUAGUUCAAAGUCAGUAAGCCAACACGCAUUCUGUAAGAGACUAAUGCUCACUUAAUAUUUGAUUAACUUUAAAUGAACUGUUAUUGGAAACUGUUAAACUUUAUUUUUGAUUAAAUUAUUAAUUCUUGACAAA